AUGCCGGGCGUUCCAUCAGGACGAGGUUGCGAUGCAUGUCGGCAGCAGAAGAAAAAGUGCGAACUCUCAGAACACCCAUGUCAACGAUGCAGGCGUCUGAACAUCCCCUGCGUGGGAUUCGGCCAACGGCGAUACAAGUUCGUGCAUGACGACAAAACCUCGACGUUUGUCAACCACAACACCACCACCACCACCACCACCGCCGGACUUCAAAGUAAGGAACCAGGGACCGAAACCGAGCACUACGCCUCCUUCAUCCGCGCCCUCGAGGGAGCCGCAAUCACCAUUUACGCCAACCCAUGGAACGGCACGACGCGCCUGGCCUCCGCGUUCACACACAUGAUCAAACCCACCGUCAGCAUCAAGUACAACCUGGCCUGGACGUACGGGGACUACCUCAACCACGUGCCCGCUCGACUGGGUGUGAAUGACGCGCUCGACAACGCGACAGACGCGUUCGUGACCGCCGUGGGGACGCUCUCGGACGGGAGCGGGAGCACUGUUCUCGCGCUUGAAAAGUAUGGACGCACCCUGGCCAGCUUGAGAAAGUGUCUAGAUGAUCCGGUCAAGGCGCGGGCUCCGGAGACGUUGUGCGCGAUCCUGUUCUUGUGGAAUUGUCAGCAAUAUCUUUGGAUGCCCGAAGGAUCCAGCCGCCACGCGGAUGGCGUCGCCCAGAUCAUCAGACUGAGAGGCUGUGCCGAGACUUCACGGGACCCGUUUGAGGCCAAUCUCCUGCUAUCUCUGCGUGCCGUUGUGCUCUUCGACUCCCUCUUCAAUGGCAAAGUUCACUUCACCGACGACGAGUGGAUCGCCAUGUUCGACAAUAAGCUCUACAAACUCAGUCCCGAAGGCCAAGCCGUCCAACUCCUGACACGGGUGCCGAACCUCAUGCGGAGGGCCAGAGCGGCACUUACAGCAACGCUGACUGUCGCGGGCGGAACACAGCAGCUGCGGUACCAAGACUCCCGUUCGACUUCGACGCUCCUGGCCCUCCAAACCGAGGCCAACACCCUCCGCAACGACUUCGAAACACCCCUACUCAAGCUCCGCCAGCGAUGGCACGACAACAUGCAUCUUCCGAGACCAGACGCGGAGGCAGAUGUGGACGCCACCGUAUCUAACCCACGGAGAACCACGCGCCUCCAAAGGCUCCUCCACUGCCACUUCCUCCGCUCGUACGCCCUUGGCCUGGCCGUCGCGAUCAUCAUCAACGAGGUGAGGCUGGCCGUGUGUGCGGCGACUGAGCCGAACGCUGUGUCCUCCGUCCUCCGCGAAUCCCACGCCUUCGCGCUCGAAAUUCUGGACCUCGCGGCCCAAGCUGCGGAGUAUAGGCCCCUCGGCGUGAACGCGCUAGGCGUUUGUCUUUUAGCGGCGGAGAUCGGGGCCGGGGACGCACACCUCGAGACGAAGAUCCAGGCGCGGGGGCUGCGCCGGGAGUAUGCAAGCGAUUUUCGGGGUGUGCUGGGAGAUGAGGAGGCGGAGGCUCAGCGGCGGAGCGGACAGCGAGAGGGUGAGCGAUUGAUUUGUGGGAGGGACUGGGCUGAGAGCUUUCAGCUUGGGGCUCGUAGCUUGUAG